AUGGCUUUGUACAGGAGAUCGCAGCUGCUAAGCUCUCCCUAUCGGCAGCUGCUACGGCUCAGCUACCAAACACGCAAGAGUUCUUCUGGUCGAGAUAAGUUCUUCCGCAUCUCUGAAGAAGUGCAGGAUGCCCUUGCAACGGGCAAACCGGUCGUUGCACUGGAGACUACAAUCUACACACAUGGGUUCCCCUACCCUGAAAACGUUGCUCUAUCCUCCCACCUGGAAUCCCUCGUCCGAGUCAAUGGCGGCGUGCCCGCAACCAUCGGCAUCCUCGAAGGCAAAGCCUGUGUUGGCAUGGGUGCUGAAGAGCUGAUACAACUUGUCUCGACUGCUGGUGACAAGAACACAUGGAAGAUAUCAAGACGAGACUUGGGUUUCGUCGGAGGACUGGGUCUUCGUGGUCAAAAGCUCAAUGGAGGGACAACCAUCGCUGGGACGAUGAUUCUUGCCCAUUUGGCGGGCAUCAAAGUCUUCGCCACAGGCGGUCUCGGUGGUGUCCAUCGUGGAGGAGAGAAUACUCUGGACAUUUCCGCAGAUCUGACGGAACUUGGGCGAACGCCCGUGGCUGUGAUCUCAAGUGGCUGCAAGAGCUUCCUCGAUAUUCCCCGGACGUUGGAAUACCUGGAGACCCAAGGAGUGGGUGUGGGCACCUUUGCAGAUGGCCGGCAAGGAGACGUCGACUUCCCUGCCUUUUUCUCCCGCGACAGCGGCGUCAAAAGUCCAAAGACCAUUCAAGAUGAGGCGGACGCCGCGGCGAUCAUCUACGCACAACAGGGGUUUCCUCUUCACUCAGGAUUGCUCUUCGCCAAUCCUGUCCCAGAGGAAUCUGCAAUGGCAAAGGAAGAGAUUGACUCAAUUAUUGCUGCAGCGGUCGCCGAAGCUGAAGAGAAGGGCAUUGGCGGAAGUGCCAACACCCCCUACAUCUUGAAGCGGAUCCGAGAGUUGAGUAAGGGCGGGAGUGUACGGGCAAAUGAGGCUUUGAUUGAGGCGAACGUCAUCCGUGGAACCAAAGUCGCCGUCGAAUUGGCGAAGCUCGAGCGACGGGGCGGAGCUGCGCCUCAGCGAGAGGAUGCCAGCGAGGUCAUCGGCAGUAGGAGUUUCGCCAAAUCUAUAAAGAGCCCUCAAAGAGGCGCGGGCAGCCAAGCAGAUCCCGCACCUGCCACCGUUCAACAGUCCUUUCAGCCAGUGGACAUACUGGUUGCUGGAUCCCUCGCAAGUGAUACAAUAUGUGAUCAUCAACCACUGGAAAUCACACCAGAUUCCAACACGCCAACGCUUCACACAUCAAAUCCGUCCGCCAUCUCUCAGUCCCCGGGUGGGGUCGGCCGUAAUGUUGCCAUGGCUGCUCAUCUAGCAGGUGCGAAAGUCACGCUGGCGAGUGUUGUGGCAGACGACCUUGCUGGAGUAUCCCUUCUUGAUCACGUCGAGAAGAGCGGCCUGGGGACUACAGCAAUCCGACGUGUUCCCACCAACGACGGCGCACGAACAGCACAAUACGUCGCUGUCAACGCCACAAACAAAGAUCUCGUACUUGCCAUGGCAGAUAUGUCAAUAUUUGCUCGCCCAGAACUCGUAUCGGCAGAGUACUGGAUGGCGAAAAUGGACGAAAGCAAGCCAAAGUGGGUGGUUGUCGAUGCAAACUGGUCUCCCGCCAUUCUCUCAUCCAUCUUGACGGCUGCGAAAGCCCACCAAGCCCUGGUUGCAUUUGAGCCUGUCUCCAUUGCCAAAGCUGCUCGUCUUUUCGACAAGGACAACUCUGCCAUUGUCAGCGCUAACGUCGUACCAGAUCACGUUGUUAGCCUCGCCUCUCCCAACAGACUCGAGUUAACAGCAAUUUACAACGCGGCCAGAAAUGCGCUGAUGUUCGAAUCGGAGCAGUGGUGGAACACCAUCGACAGCCUCGGCCUCGCUGGCUCGGGGUCUCGGGAUCGAUUGAUUUCUGUUGCAGGCCUUGACUUGGUCGAACGUGGGGUCCCCCAACAGUGCAUCCAGCUUCUCCCAUUCAUCCCAAACCUGGUGACAAAGCUCGGGCAUAAAGGGUGUCUCUUGGCUUGCCUGCUGCGACCCGGUGAUCCAAGACUCACGAUGCCAGAGAGCGCCCCAUAUGUGCUGUCGAGAAAUUUGUCUCACGACUCUGCGAUCGGCGGCUUGUAUAUGCGGUUGAUCCCGCCGUUUAUUGAAGUCGAACAGGACGAAAUAGUCUCUGUCAACGGCAUUGGUGACACAAUGUUGGGUGUUAUCGUCGCAGGCCUCGCGAAGGGUCGCACGCUCGAGGAGAUGCUGCCCAUUGCACAAGAAGCAGCGGUGCUCACACUGAAGUCUGCAGAGGCUGUAUCACCCGAUGUCCGGCAAAUCCAGGCAAGGCUCAUGUGA